AUGAAAUUGUGGAACGAGUUCGCCUUGCUCGUCAGAGCUUGCUUCCACAUCGUGCUGAGAAGCUUCUGGCUGCUGAAACCGAUCCGACUCGGAGCGAAAAUGCUGGGUCUUGGAGGCAUGGGUGCGCCCGGAGUCAUGGGCGAAAAUCCUUCGUCCUUGCUCGACAACCGCCAUCCGCCAAACAAUAUUCCUGUCAUCAGAGCUCCAACGCUACGCCGAGGAAGAGAUGUUACUCCUCUAUCGGAACGGGUCGAGUUGGAACGCGUUCUUGGUCUCACCGUGACAAGCAGCGCGGCGCUAGCCGUUGACCCCUUAACAGCGACCGUAGCAUAUCCAGCGGGAUGUGUCGUCAUUCUCUACAACAGUAAAACGAAUCGCCAAACCCAUAUCGUUUCGCCAUCGAAGAAAACGAUCACGUCGUUGGCGUUCUCCUGGGAUGGAAAGUUCCUCGCCACCGGAGAAUGUGGGCAUCAGCCUCAACUCCGAAUCUGGGACGUUGAGAAACGCCAACAAGUCGCUGAAUUCCCCGGCCAUAAAUACGGUAUCAACUGUGUGGCGUUUUCUCCAAACCUCAAAUAUGUCGUGUCUGUGGGCAGUCAGCACGACUCGGUCGUCAAUGUUUGGGACUGGAGAAGCGAUACCAAGGUCGCGUCGAACAAGGUUUCCUCAAAGGUGAAGUCAGUGACAUUUGCUUCGUCCGGAAAUUACUUCGUCACGGUCGGAAAUCGCCAUGUCAAGUUCUGGUACCUUGAACAUGCCAAGAUCGUAGCGAAUAUGGCCGAGCCCAUGCCGCUCAUGGGCAGAAGCGCGAUUCUAGGCGAUCAGAGAAACAACAAUUUCUGCGACGCCGAUUGCGGCAAAGGCGCCCUGCACGAAAACACUUAUGCCAUCACUAAGAGUGGACUUCUGUGUGUUUUCAAUUCGAGGCGUCUUCUCGAUAAAUGGGUGGAACUGAAGACUUCGGUUGCGAACUCAAUCAGUGUCGGCGAGGAUCGCAUAUUCGUCGGCUGCAGCGACGGUAUCGUGCGUUGUUUCGACCCGCAUACACUACAAUUCAUCUGCACGCUGCCAAAACCUCACCAUCUUGGAGUUGAUGUUGCCAAAGGAGUCAACCCCACCGCUGUGAUGUACCAUCCCGAGAAUUCCAAGUACCCAGAUGUAGUGGCUCUCACCUACGACGAAGUCCACAAACGAGUGACCUGCGUUUAUAACGAUCACUCAUUCUACGUUUGGUCAGUGGUCGAACCGAAACGAGUGGGGAAAUGCUUCUCGUUCCUGUUCCAUUCUGCCUGCAUUUGGGGCAUCGAAACAUUCCCUAUGGGCCUUACUGGGCUUCCCAAAGGCACCUUUCUGACAUGUUCGAGCGACGACACGAUCCGUGCCUGGAAUCUUAACGACGGCAAUGUCAAACGGAACAUUUUCUGUCCGGAGCUUCUGAAGAUGAUCUACAUGGACCAAAAGCUGAACUUCAUUUGCGACAUUGAUUUGACGAAUACGAAUAACUCGAACGAAAAAGUUGACGCAAACUAUGACGGGAAAAACGGCGUUCGAUGCAUGAAAAUUAGUCACGACGGCAGCCAUUUAGCGUGCGGGGAUCGAUCCGGGAACAUAACGAUUUUCGGCAUUCCCUCAAUGGAGCAACUAGGCAAAAUCGAAGCGCACGACUCCGAGGUUCUUUGCCUUGAAUUCACAUCACCACAAGCUUGCGGGUUCCGCCACUUGCUGGCGUCGGGCUCCCGAGAUCGUUUCAUCCACAUUUUCGAUGUGAACAGGAGCUAUCAGUUCAUCAAAACGCUCGCAGAUCAUUCCAGUUCCAUCACCGCCUUGAAGUUUGUCCGAUCGCCAUUGAACGGAUCUCUCUCCAGUUCUGGUCAGAACAACGUGCAGAUGAUUUCGUGCGGGGCCGACAAACAGAUUAUUUUCCGGAGGGCGCAACUUUCUGCUGAUCCAACUUCUGCUGAUAUCCACUUCAACAGAGAGCAUUUGGUCAGCGGUAAGUGCACGUUGUUCGACAUGGAACUGGACCAGCAGGAGAAACACAUUUUGACAGCGUGUCAGGAUCGUCACGUCAGAGUCUACUCCGUGACCUCGUCCAAGAAUACCCGAACCUUCAGAGGCGCUCAAGGCGAAGACGGCACGCUGAUCAAGGUGGUUUUGGAUCCUAGUGGAACGUUCGUGGCGACGUCGUGCACCGACAAGAGCAUCUACGUGUACGAUUACCAGACUGCCGAGUGUAUGGCUCAAAUGUACGGACACUCGGAGCUGGUUACCGGUCUGAAGUUUUCUGAGGACGGCAAGAACUUGAUCAGUGUCUCUGGAGACGGCUGCAUUUUCGUUUGGCGACUGCCCCAGGAAAUCACGGCCACUAUCCGUCAAAAAAUGGGCAUCGCCGAAAACGACAACACCAUCAUCUGGGGAGCGGACCCGCCAUCGAAGAUCGAUGCGAACGGAAAUGGAAUCCAAACUCCGCAAUCGAUCCAAUCGGCCCCGCAGACUCCGACCGACGAUGUCAAAUUACCGAACUGGGCCAAGAAGCGGGUGACUGGAACGGACGUCGGCGAUAUCACCGGAGAAGCCACUCCCUCGGCCCCCCGAGGGAAAUGGGCUCAAAGCAUGGAAUCGAUGGAGCAAGGUGGCCCACUCGUCAUCAAGUCGGUUCUAUCGUCGGAUCCCAUAGUUCUUCUCCCCCGACUCAACAAGAGCAAGUCCGAAGGAGCUGUGAACAUUGUUCUGAACAGCGGAUUGAGAUCCCACAGCCCUCCGUCGAAUACUUUGGCGAAACAACGGCAAGCUCAACUCACUGAUUCGAGCGGAGCAUCUUCAAUGAAGACAACCGGCGAUGAAGACGCGGACUGUGAACGUUCUGACACUGAUCAGAGCGAGAAGAUUAUCUAUCCUCCUGCUAGCCAGGAGUCUUCAGUCGGAGGAUCUUCGUUUAGCGUCAAGUUGGGACUUCAGAAUAGCUUAUCGCAGCCGAGUUCCGGCUCGAGUUCAGGCUUCAUUGAUCUCGUCGAAGCUAGGCGUAGGCUUAAGAGUAGGGGAGCUCCCAAAGAUUUGCAGCAAGAUCUCGCGAAUAGUGACCUGAACUCUGAUUCGGAUCGAGAUACGGCCACCCCUUCGAAGCUCAACGAUCGAAACUCGUUGUUCAUGUCGACCGAAAAUCUAGAGAAGCUUGGUCAACGAGAGAAGUUCAUGAAAUCGAACUACGAGACGCUGGGUAAAACGAUCGAGGAAGACGUCAACUUCACCAGCCCACCGUCGCGGAAGAGCAUUACAGCCAAAUUCAAGAACAGUCCCGAAGACGAGCCAUCGGCAGCAACUGGUCCCAUCAAGAGCAAUUCUAACGUUUUCGAAAAACAAUCAAACAAUCCUGUUUCAACGCCAUUGAAACCGCAAGUCGGCAAGAAACCAAACAUGUCCCCGUGGGCAGCUGGUAAUCAUAGAGAAGAGCUAAGCAAAGCCCUUCAGGAAGCCAAGCAGAGAUUGCAGGGAGUCGGCAAGGGUCAUAGGCUCAGUACUUCGAAAAGUAUAGGUGAUUUGUUGAGCUUGAAGGAUCGGAAAGACUUCGGUUCGGACACAGAUAAGACCGAGCAGAAUUCUCGACGAGAGGAGAUGAUCCGGCGAAGUACUUCCAUGUCCGACUUGGGAGGCGUCACCAAACUCUUCAGCCGGAAAAAGACGAAUAGUGAAGCCGUCGCUGACGAGGCCGAAGGCAACUGGUUCUUCCGUCCUUCGGGAAUGCGACUGGAAACUAGUGAGAGCUGCACGGACGUGCGCGCCCUGAGAGAUCGUUUGAGGAGUGCCAAGAAGCAGCUGCACGCACAACAGAGCCCUCAACCGAUUUCUCAGCAGCAGAAUCAAUCGAGCAUGCACAACAGUAGCGCCUUCAACAGCAACGUCAGAUCGCUGUCAGUUAGUGGUGGAAUAUGGGCUCAAGCUCAGAAGAGUCAGUUCCCGUCCUACGCGACCACUCCCAGGAAAUAUGCCGGAUCAAUGUCCCGUUCCGCGAGCAUGGGCAGCUUGAACAACCCGGCCAUGUAUCAGGGGGCCAAUGCAGGCGACCAGAUGUUGGGACAGCAAGGACACGCGGGCAUCGGAACUCCAAACGGGCUCGGUGGGAUCCAUCGAGCUCCCUCCGCGCAUUCGCUGCGUCGAGGUAAUACAAACCUCACCAAAGUCAGAUCGUCGUCUGCUCUCAACAGAAAUUCGUUGGUCAACAAGCAUCUCCUGUCACCAGAUUCUGAUACGGAUUCAGAUUCGGAGAGCACGACUCUGAGCGACGCAAUCACUCACAGGCACUCGCUCAGUCGCAGUUUCAGCCGUCAGAGUCAGAUUGGUUUGGUGUCGCCUCAUAGCGGUCAGCUGAAUUCUCCAUCUAGAGGUCAAUUUACGCUUCCGAGAAGAUACAACGGUUCAGCGAACCAUGAUGGGCCCAGGGCUCUCGUCGAACCGAUGCCACAAGCCAAUAUAAUCAACGUGAACCAGCCGCUUUCGCAGGAGCUCUGCGAUCGCGUGGCUGAAGAUCUGAAGCGGGUAACCCGUCAAGCGAUCCAAUUGUUUCAACGGGUCACUCUAAAUAUGGACAUGCCACCAUCGGUAAAAUCUACGAUGACUCAGACUUUGGCCAGUUCUGUGCUUCAAGCGCAGCAGCACUUGAGUCUCGCGGCUCCACCUCCGAUGAACCCUCUGGCACAUGCCAUGAUGAGCCAGACCAUGGUGCAACACCACCAGCCCCAGCAGCACCAGCCGAACGUUACCCUGGAUGCUUCAGCGUUGUCAAUGCUGCUCGUGGGCGGAGCGCAGUCGAAUCAGCCGGAAGCCGCAGCCCAGAAUCCGAUAAACAAUGUUCUUCAGCAAUAUACGCAACAAAUCCUUAAAAUGGUUGAGGAGAAAAUGAGCCAGGCCAAGCCAGACUCUGGUUCGAAGUAGAGAACCGUUGAGCCCUGUAGGACUGAGGGUCAGGCUGCUGUCGAGAAGGAUGAGAACUUCUUGAAGACGAUAGCGGCAGCAGGAAGUGACAGCCUCCUGCCUCUUGAAUGGGGGAGCGACUGGCGCGAUUUCUUAGGAGUCGGUGCUCAGGUACUUAGAGUGCGGACGGAGCAUGUUCUGACCUUCACACGUCGGCAACUGUAUAUGUAUAUAUACACAACUUCCUCCGGAAAUCCACCAG